UCUCCUUCUCUAUCCUCGCUCACUCUCCUCUCUCUCUCUCUCUCUCUCGCUUCUUCAGCCCAUUUUCAAGCUCUCUGCAGUUCGCAGAGCCCGACAAUGGCGAUCUCUACCUCGGCCUCGUCGAAGCUCAUCUACCCGUGCCCCGCCUCCUCCUCCUCCUCCUCCUCCGCCGCCGCCGCUCCGGCCCGCGCUCUCCCCUCCACCGCCGCCGCCGCGGCCAUCUUCCGCGCCAAGCUCGCGCCGGCCCGGCUCUCCUCCUCCUUCGUCGCCCCGUUCGCCGCCCCCGCCUCCUCCUCCUCCUCCGCCGCGCGCCUCCGCCGCCGCGGCUCCGGCGCCUUCACGGUCCGCGCGGCCCGCGGGAAGUUCGAGCGGAAGAAGCCCCACGUCAACAUCGGCACCAUCGGGCACGUCGAUCACGGGAAGACCACGCUCACCGCUGCUCUGACCAUGGCCUUGGCGGCCAUGGGGAACAGCGCGCCCAAGAAGUACGACGAAAUCGACGCCGCUCCCGAGGAGCGCGCCAGAGGUAUCACCAUCAACACCGCCACUGUGGAAUACGAGACUGAGAACCGCCACUACGCCCACGUCGACUGCCCCGGACAUGCUGACUACGUGAAGAACAUGAUCACUGGUGCUGCCCAGAUGGACGGUGCUAUUCUUGUCGUUUCGGGUGCCGAUGGCCCGAUGCCACAGACCAAGGAGCACAUACUGUUGGCUAAGCAAGUUGGUGUGCCCAACAUGGUGGUUUUCUUGAACAAGCAGGACCAGGUUGAUGACGAGGAGCUUUUGCAGCUUGUAGAGUUGGAAGUCAGGGAGUUGCUCUCUUCCUAUGAAUUUCCUGGUGAUGAUAUCCCCAUCAUCUCUGGUUCUGCCUUGUUAGCUUUGGAGGCUUUGAUGGCAAAUCCCAGCAUCAAACGCGGGGAGAACCAAUGGGUCGACAAAAUCUAUGAACUGAUGGAUUCUGUGGAUAGUUACAUCCCCAUUCCGCAAAGGCAGACUGAUCUCCCCUUUUUGCUGGCCAUUGAAGAUGUGUUCUCGAUCACUGGUCGUGGUACCGUGGCUACUGGUCGUGUUGAGAGAGGUACAAUCAGAGUCGGAGAAACAGUGGACCUUGUUGGUUUGAGAGAGACGAGGAAUACAACAGUUACUGGAGUAGAAAUGUUCCAGAAGACGCUUGAUGAGGCAAUGGCUGGGGAUAAUGUGGGUUUGUUGCUCAGAGGUAUUCAGAAGAUCGAUAUCCAAAGAGGGAUGGUUUUGGCCAAGCCCGGAACUAUUACCCCGCACACAAAGUUUGAGGCCAUAGUGUACGUGUUGAAGAAGGAGGAGGGUGGUAGGCACUCGCCUUUCUUCGCCGGCUACCGGCCCCAAUUCUACAUGAGGACUACUGAUGUCACCGGGAAGGUGACUUCAAUUAUGAACGAUAAAGAUGAGGAGUCCAAGAUGGUUAUGCCCGGCGACCGUGUUAAGAUGGUGGUCGAGCUAAUUAUGCCCGUGGCUUGUGAGCAGGGAAUGAGGUUUGCUAUCAGAGAAGGUGGAAAGACAGUGGGAGCGGGCGUUAUUCAGGCCAUCAUUGAGUGACACUGGAGUAUGCUUUGGCUUCGCUGCUUAGUUCUUGACUCUUUAAGUUGAUUCAAUCAGUAUACCGUCAAGUUGUGGAACCAAUGAGAAUAUGAAUGUCAUAUAUUUUGCGGUUUUGCCCCAUCUUUGCUUUGCGAGAAGGUGUUGUAGUGUAGUUGGACGAUUAGUUUUCUGAUAAUCCAGAACUUAUUGCUUUC